UUUCUGAUCCUUUUAUUAAUUUGGAGGCUCUUCUAUCAUCUUCUUCCUCCUCUCGCUUCCUCUUGUAACUCUCACAGACACUCUCAGCUCCAAAAGUUUGGUGCUUUAAUCGUUAACCAACUCUCAAAUUCACAACUACCACAAUGUUACUCCAAUUCUCUCCGGCAAAACCCCUGUUUUCUCCACCUAAUCUCCGCCGCAAUUCACCAGCAUUCCUCAUUUCUCCGCCGAGAUCCCUACGAAUCCGAGCCAUCGACGCCGCACAGAUCUUCGAUUACGAAACCCAACUCAAAUCCGAGUACCGUAAAUCCUCUGCUCUCAAAAUCGCCGUCUUGGGUUUCGGCAAUUUCGGCCAGUUCCUCUCGAAAACCCUAGUUCGACACGGUCACGACCUAAUCACUCACUCUCGCUCCGAUUACUCCGAAGCUGCUUCCUCAAUAGGAGCUCGUUUCUUCAACAACCCUCACGACCUCUGCGAACAACACCCCGACGUUGUACUCCUCUGUACCUCAAUCCUCUCCACAGAGUCAGUCCUGAGAUCUUUCCCUUUCCAACGUCUCCGUCGUAGCACGCUCUUCGUCGAUGUGCUCUCCGUCAAAGAGUUCCCGAGAGCACUCUUCCUCAAAUACCUUCCCAAGGAGUUCGACAUCCUCUGUACUCACCCAAUGUUUGGACCCGAGAGUGGUAAGCAUUCAUGGUCUAACCUGCCUUUUGUAUAUGAUAAGGUGAGAAUCGGAGACGAAGCUUCUAGGCACGAGAGGUGUGACAAGUUUCUAAGAGUAUUUGAGAAUGAAGGUUGUAAGAUGGUUGAGAUGAGCUGUGAGAAGCAUGACUAUUACGCAGCUGGAUCACAGUUCGUGACGCAUACUAUGGGUAGGGUUUUGGAGAAAUACGGAGUUGAGUCUUCGCCGAUCAACACUAAAGGGUAUGAGACGCUGCUGGAUUUGGUGGAGAACACAUCGAGUGACAGCUUUGAGCUGUUCUACGGUUUGUUUAUGUAUAACCCGAAUGCUCUUGAACAGUUGGAGAGAUUAGAUAUGGCGUUUGAAUCCGUCAAGAAGGAGCUGUUUGGGAGAUUGCAUCAGCAAUACAGGAAACAAAUGUUUGGUGGGGAGCUUCAAUCCCCUAAGAAAACAGAGCAGAAAUUGCUCAACGAUGGUGGUGUUGUUCCCAUCAAAGAUAUUUCAUCAUCAUCAUCAUCAUCAUCUUAAAUCACAUAUUUGUAGGGUUUGAUUGGAUUGUAUUAGAUUCGGAGUAAUAAAAGUUGUGACCUUUUGGAAAUCCUCAAAGAGUUAAAAAUAUAAAAAAAAAUACGGUUUUGGUGUGUUCA